AACUGCAUAGUUUAAAAGUCCCCCAAAUUUUCGCAAAUUUCUGAAACCCUAAAAUCUCCGCCAAACUCCACCGUUCUCCGGUGACUUUCCCUCUUUCUCCCCUCUUCUCCGGCGCCUCUCAUCGGUUCAACUCUCCACCUCUUUUACGAUCUUUCUGGCCGUGUAUUUGUAUGAUGGAGCCAAUGGACAUAGUUGGGAAGGCAAAAGAAGAUGCUUCACUCCCUAAAGCUACAAUGACUAAAAUAAUAAAGGAGAUGUUGCCCCCAGAUGUUCGUGUGGCUAGAGAUGCUCAAGAUCUAUUAAUUGAAUGUUGUGUUGAGUUUAUAAAUCUUGUUUCAUCAGAAUCAAAUGACGUUUGCAACAGAGAAGAAAAACGAACAAUUGCACCUGAGCAUGUACUGAAGGCUUUGGAGGUUCUUGGUUUUGGGGAGUACAUUGAAGAUGUUUAUGCUGCAUACGAACAACAUAAAGUGGAGACAAUGCAAGAUGGAGUUCGAGGUGGUGGUGGUGGUGGUAAGUGGGGCAACGCUGCCGAGAUGACCGAGGAAGAAGCUGCUGCUGAGCAGCAGAGGAUGUUUGCGGAGGCUCGGGCAAGAAUGAAUGGGAAUGUACCUCUUCCCAAAUCAGAUACCGACCCUACCCCAGAGAGCUAACUUUUAGGAUCUUAGGUCUUUGUUUUUCUCUAAAUCAUAGGCAAAAGCACCUAUCAACAUCUUCUGUGCAUCUGACCUCAUAUUUUCUUGUACAAAGCUGUGAGGCAAGAGCUCUGGCCUGUGUUUAAAGCUUUAUAAAUUUGUAUCUCACCAAUUGUCCUGUUCAUAAAUGAAUGUAAUUAGCGGGAGCAUUUCACCUUUGGUAGUGAGAUGCUCUUAGAGGGUACAUAUUGCUAUCAAUGGAGAAUUCUACCUUUAGUUUUUCCUUGGUAAAGGGUGUGACUAGUACACAGCCCUCUUUUCUAGUCAUUACCAGUUGUAUUGCAGGCUAUAGCUUAGCCAGCGAACAUGUAGUGUAACUUUAUUUUAUUUUAUUUUCUAAUAUCUUGAAUGCAGUGAAUGUUUUUUUUUCCUCGGGAUGUAUUACUGACUGAAACUUUUCUUUCCGAAAGCCAUCUAAAUUUCUGAAGCCAA